AUGAGAAGAACAUCAUCAUCAUCAUCAUCAUCAUCAUCAUCAUCAUCAUCAUCAUCAUCAUCAUCAUCAUCAUCAUCAUCAUCAUCAUCAUCAUCAUCAUCAUCAUCAUCAUCAUCAUCAUCAUCAUCAUCAUCAUCAUCAUCAUCAUCAUCAUCAUCAUCAUCAUCAUCAUCAUCAUCAUCAUCAUCAUCAUCAUCAUCAUCAUCAUCAUCAUCAUCAUCAUCAUCAUCAUCAUCAUCAUCAUCAUCAUCAUCAUCAUCAUCAUCAUCAUCAUCAUCAUCAUCAUCAUCAUCAUCAUCAUCAUCAUCAUCAUCAUCAUCAUCAUCAUCAUCAUCAUCAUCAUCAUCAUCAUCAUCAUCAUCAUCAUCAUCAUCAUCAUCAUCAUCAUCAUCAUCAUCAUCAUCAUCAUCAUCAUCAUCAUCAUCAUCAUCAUCAUCAUCAUCAUCAUCAUCAUCAUCAUCAUCAUCAUCAUCAUCAUCAUCAUCAUCAUCAUCAUCAUCAUCAUCAUCAUCAUCAUCAUCAUCAUCAUCAUCAUCAUCAUCAUCAUCAUCAUCAUCAUCAUCAUCAUCAUCAUCAUCAUCAUCAUCAUCAUCAUCAUCAUCAUCAUCAUCAUCAUCAUCAUCAUCAUCAUCAUCAUCAUCAUCAUCAUCAUCAUCAUCAUCAUCAUCAUCAUCAUCAUCAUCAUCAUCAUCAUCAUCAUCAUCAUCAUCAUCAUCAUCAUCAUCAUCAUCAUCAUCAUCAUCAUCAUCAUCAUCAUCAUCAUCAUCAUCAUCAUCAUCAUCAUCAUCAUCAUCAUCAUCAUCAUCAUCAUCAUCAUCAUCAUCAUCAUCAUCAUCAUCAUCAUCAUCAUCAUCAUCAUCAUCAUCAUCAUCAUCAUCAUCAUCAUCAUCAUCAUCAUCAUCAUCAUCAUCAUCAUCAUCAUCAUCAUCAUCAUCAUCAUCAUCAUCAUCAUCAUCAUCAUCAUCAUCAUCAUCAUCAUCAUCAUCAUCAUCAUCAUCAUCAUCAUCAUCAUCAUCAUCAUCAUCAUCAUCAUCAUCAUCAUCAUCAUCAUCAUCAUCAUCAUCAUCAUCAUCAUCAUCAUCAUCAUCAUCAUCAUCAUCAUCAUCAUCAUCAUCAUCAUCAUCAUCAUCAUCAUCAUCAUCAUCAUCAUCAUCAUCAUCAUCAUCAUCAUCAUCAUCAUCAUCAUCAUCAUCAUCAUCAUCAUCAUCAUCAUCAUCAUCAUCAUCAUCAUCAUCAUCAUCAUCAUCAUCAUCAUCAUCAUCAUCAUCAUCAUCAUCAUCAUCAUCAUCAUCAUCAUCAUCAUCAUCAUCAUCAUCAUCAUCAUCAUCAUCAUCAUCAUCAUCAUCAUCAUCAUCAUCAUCAUCAUCAUCAUCAUCAUCAUCAUCAUCAUCAUCAUCAUCAUCAUCAUCAUCAUCAUCAUCAUCAUCAUCAUCAUCAUCAUACGCGAUUAGUAAUAAGGACUACAGUGCAAAGAGAGAUUGUAUAGAUGAUAGACUUUGGUUCUUUCCCUCCAAAAAUCGAUCGCUUGACACAGUUUGCGAACAUGCUUGUCAUCCGUCAGCUAAAUGUCAUACAAUGCAAGUACCUGAGAACUUUUUACAAGCAUGUAGAACACGAUAUGGAACUACUGGAUCUGAUGGUUCCGGUAUACCAGGCGAUGGAUAUUUAAUGAUAGUUGACGCAUCGCCAGGUGGUUUAUGUAAUGAUAAUUGGUUGUUAGCUUAUGCAAACGCUUGUCAGUUGGAAGGAAAUACUGAUAGGCCAAUUCUUGGAUUCAUUAAUUUCUGUCCAAAUCGUUUGGAUGAAAAUUAUCCAAUGAGUAAAGUGUUACUGUAUACAGCAAUUCAUGAAAUGGGACAUGCAUUAGGGUUUAACAGAAAUCUUUACGCUUUUUAUCGUGACGAGCAUGGCAGACCACGAACGCAACGUGAUCCUGUUACAGGAAUGCCAAGUACUCCGAGGGAUGAGUUUGGAAUAUUUGCUCCUAGUAACGAUGUCGUUAAGGAAGUCACUCGCACUUGGAAAUCCACAAAGGUUUCUUUGACACGGAAAAUAGGAGCCUUUGUUCUUCCAAACGUUUUGAAAUUUGCCAGAAGUCAUUUCAACUGCCCGAGUUUAGACGGUGUGGAUCUUGAAAAUGAAGGUAGUAGUGCCACACAUUUAACACAUUUUGAGAAAAGAGUUGUGCAUGAUGAACUUAUGUCAGGAAGCGUUGAACUACCGUCAAUUGUUUCAGGGUUAACAUUAUCAGUUUUCCAAGAUUCUGGGUAAGUAAAUGAUUUCUAGGU